AUGGCUGGCGUCAUCCACGAGCAGCAGGGCCGGGAACAGACCUACCGGAACGGCGCCCCGGAUGGCACGCAACCGCACCCAGACCCCAACAGCGGCACCACGGGCGUGGGCUACGGGCCCCAGAUUGUCAGCACCUCGCCAGGGCUGGACGUCAUCGCCGGCCCGCUGCUCAACUACAGGCGCACCAGCACGCAGGGCGGCGAGACGCUGUGGCACGGCAGCAUCCUGAUCGUCACCACGCCCGGCCAGAAGGACCCCGGCAUGAUUGUGGCGCCCGCAGGCCCCGUCGACGCCAGCGCCGGCAAUGUGUCGUUCAGCAGGCCGCAGCCCACGCGCAUCGCCGGCGAGAAGCUGUACGAGGACCCCAAGCGCGCCUUCUGGCGCUUCAUCGUCGACGUGCCCUUGCAGCAGUUCGAGGCGCGCUGGCAGUACGAGUUCCAGGACCUCGUCUACGUCGACCGCACCAAGGCCGAGAAGCCGCAGCACUUCGCCGUCCCUUCGCUGCACCAGUCCAUGCGCAUCAUGUUCCACUCGUGCAACGGCUUCAGCGUCGGCACCGACGUCGACGCCUGGUCCGGCCCCGCGCUCUGGAACGACGUCCUGCGCAUGCACGAGCAGCGCCCCUUCCACGUCAUGAUCGGCGGCGGCGACCAGAUCUACAACGACGGCGUGCGUGUCGACGGCCCGCUCAAGGCAUGGACGGCCAUCAGCAACCCCCACAAGCGCCGCGACUAUGCCUUUGGCGAGCAGAUGCGCGCAGACUGCGACGAGUACUACUUCAACAACUACGUCCGCUGGUACGGCCAGAAGCCGUUCUCCACCGCCAACGGCCAGAUUGCGCAGGUCAACAUCUGGGACGACCACGACAUCAUCGACGGCUUUGGCUCGUACACGGAUCACUUCAUGAAGUGCGCCGUCUUCAGAGGCAUUGGCGGCGUUGCGCACAAGUACUACCUGCUGUUCCAGCACCACCUCGCCCCGCCGAAGAGCACCUUCACUACAGACGCGCCCAAGACGACCAGCGCGGACCCCACAGGAUCUACGCCCGCAGACCCCGUGCAGCUGGACAGGACAUGGGUCAUGACCGACGACCAGGGCGACUCGUCCUACAUCAUUGGAUCGAGGCCUGGCCCGUACGUCGAGGAGCGUAGCCGCAACAUCUACUGCCAGCUCGGAGCGCGCAUUGCCUUUGCCGGCAUCGAUGCGCGCACCGAGCGCACUCGCCAUCAGAUCAACUACCCGGAGACCUACAAGAUGGUCUUCGACCGCCUGGACAAGGAGUUCUCGGCUAACCCAAACCUGAAGCACCUCAUCUUCCUGCUCGGAGUGCCCAUUGCGUACCCGCGUUUGAUCUGGCUCGAGAACAUCCUGCAGUCCCCGCUCAUCGCGCCUAUCAAGUUCCUCAACAAGCGAUUCGGCCUCGCAGGCUCCUUUUUCAACCAAUUCGACGGCAAGGUCGAUUUGCUCGACGACCUCGACGACCACUACACGGCGCGCCAGCACAAGACGGAGCGCCGCGAGCUCGUCCAGAUGCUGCAGAGCUUCUCCAAGAAGCACUCGGCUCGUGUCACCAUCCUCGGCGGAGACGUGCAUCUGGCAGCCGUUGGCCGCUUCUACUCCAACCCCAAGCUCCAGAUUCCCGCCGAGCACGACUGGCGCUACAUACCCAACGUGAUCAGCUCGGCCAUCACCAACAAGCCCCCGCCCGCGGCCGUGGCCAACCUGCUCGCCAAGCGGAACAAGAUCCACCACCUGGACCACGACACGGACGAGACGCUCCUCGAGAUCUUCGACCGCGACCCAGGCGUCAACGGCGAAACGCACGUCGUGCGCGCCGGCACAGAGCCCAUCGGUGAUUCCAACGGCCUCGCCAACGGCGAGCACACGGAGGCGCCCACGAAGCAAGAAGCGCACAAAGGCCCGGCAACCGUCAAUGGCAACAAAGUCGACCAAAAGACACGCGACUCCAACCACGCCACCAUGCCCUCGCGCAACUACGCCAUCAUCUGCGAGUCCACGCCCCCCUCCACCUCGACCCUCAGCGCUCCCGCCGCCGCCCCAGGCCAGGCGCCGUCCAUCAACGGCGCUGCAUCCACCAUCUCCGCCCCGCCCGAGCGCAAGGGCAAUAUGCGCCACGCCAUCCACGACGGCGAGCGUAAUGCCGGUACAGGUCAUCCUGCCGCCCAGGGUCUCACUCCUACGGGGCUGUGUGGACCGUACGGGCUGGAUGUCACGCUAAGGGUUGAGAUUUCGAAUAGCGAUCGUGAGGGGCGCACGGAUGGGUAUGGCUUCAGCAUCCCCGCGUUGGAAGCCAGCGAGUAUGCGCAGCAGGGGAGCAGUUGGUAG